CUGAGCAGUACCCAAAGGCCAUACGGCUCAUUUCCGCUGGACUUAUCAAUGUGAGGCCCCUUGUGACGCACCGAUACGCACUGGAGGACUCGUUGCAGGCAUUUGAGACGGCCGCAGAUUAUAGUAAGGGAAGCAUCAAAGUCCAGAUUGUCGAUUGAUGCGGUGCGAUGAUGCUGGAAAGGUUCGGUGAGGCGGCAGCCGAAUUGCCCAUCAAGGAGUUGAACACAUCUGUACGAUUUAAGGCAAAGUCCUGUCUCUUAUGAACGUAUCGGGGGGUUGGGCAAGUGGGAAGCCCGUUCAGUAGUGCCUAUUGACCGUCUUAUGUUUUGCGAUCCGUCACGUCAUACAUGCCCAGUACGAGCACUGUCAUGUAAUGGCGGCUGGCAAGGCCUCAACCAGGGCGGAAAAGAUCAGUAUUUAAUCUUGUAUUCCGAACAUUCUACUGCAUUUUAUGCUUCCAUCACAUUUUCAUUUUUUACCUGGGACGAAACAACAAGGAUGACUUUUCAGGCUGUUAUUAUAUACAGCGGAGUUAGCCGAGGUCAUUGCACCACCGGCCAAUCACAGCCCAAAAUGUCACGGAGUUUGCAGUGGAAACUUCUUAAGCCACAUCUACCUAAGCAACGUGUGCACCCCUACGCAACGGAGGAAUUUUCGAGUUCUUCGUCCUCCACGACUAACGUCGGAAAUUAUGGAAACCCAGAUUGGUUACUGGAAGAUAACGCCCGAUAUGCACACUGCUUUUGGUACUAUAGCAAUGCUAGAUUCCACGCCGCAAAACAAGCUAUUGUAGACUCGCACUCGAAUAUCCGGUACCCCGAUGACCCAUCUCGCGAAGCCGCUCUUGAGAGUGCUUUGUCCCGUUUCUAUCGGAGAUGGCUUGAACAGGAGCAUCGACCGCAACAAUCUUUCACUCAGGCCAUGUAUCUGCGCACGUUCCACCAUAUCAGAACCGCAUUGAAGGAAAAGUGGAAUUUGAUAGGAACUUGAUGUUGGUGAUAUUGAUUAUGAGGAACUCUAACUAAUAACUAAGAUAUAUGUGACCUGUGUUUCUGCAAAUACAUCGGGAACGGUCAAUGAGCAUGAGUACGGGAGAUGAUUAUAGUCAUGUUCUAGGGCUUUGAUGUAGUGGUGGCCACACCGUUUGCAAGAAUAGCCGGACGAUCACCAGUUAUUCGAUCGAAGGAAGGCGAAAAAG